AUGGGGUGGAUGGAGCUACUGAAGCCAGUGGCGGCCAUGAUCGCCUUCGACACGUUCUUCGCUGUGAUGACCGUGCUGGUGAAGAAGGCGCUUGAUGACGGCCUGAACCCUGUCGUUCUUAUCGCUCUUCGGCAGCUUGUCGGCGCAGCUUUCCUGGCGCCGAUUGCCUACUUCAAAGAAAGGGCACUAUUCGCUCAGUAUCUGUUCUUCUUAGGCUUGAGCUACACCACUGCAACACUGGCUGCAACUGUCUCCAAUAUGACCCCAAUCUUCACCUUCCUGAUCGCCGUCCCUCUUCGGUCGGAAACAGUAGAUGUGAGGAGCAAGGCGGGUCUGGCGAAGAUCGCAGGAACACUAGCGUCUGUCAGUGGUGCGAUACUGCUGAGCCUGUACAAGGGUGCUGCCCUGACUCACACAGCAUCUUCGACCCAAGAACACGGUGAAAAUAGCACAACGGGCAACAGUGGCAGCAAGGGAAGAUGGUUGCUGGGCUCGGCGUUGCUGCUGCUGAACUGCAUCACGUUCUCAUUAUGGAUGCUGCUGCAAGGGAAGCUCACCAAGAAGUACCCUGCAGUCAUCUCCAGCACUGCAUUCAUGGCCUUGAUCAGCUCACUGCAAGCAGGGGCACUGGCAGUCACCACCCAAAGGCACCUCUCAGUUUGGCUGCUCCGAGGAAGUAUACAGAUUGCAACCGUUCUUUUCGCGGGAGUGGGAGUAUCGGGGAUAGGGUAUGUGCUGAUGACCUGGUGCAUCGAGAAGAGAGGGCCGGUGUUCACUGCAGGCUUCUUGCCUCUCAUUCAGAUCAUUGCUGGAGUCCUUGAUCUCCUCGUCCUUCAUGAACAGCUUUACGUGGGAAGGAACACGAGGCCCAAGCUCACAUUGGAGAUCCUGGCGUACCUCUUCUUCAGCGCCGUGUUUGGCGCGGCGCUCUCGCAGUACACCUUCUUCUAUGGCCUGCAGUACACCACCGCCACCUUUGCUAUAACCUUCAUCAACCUCUCUCCUGUGCUCACCUUCCUCAUCGCCGUCGUGAUGAGGAUGGAGCCGCUGAAGUUGAAGAGCAUGGCGGGAGCUGCAAAGAUCACCGGAACGCUCACAUCGCUGGCCGGCUUGCUGCUGCUGAGUCUCUACAAGGGUGUGCCGCUGACGCACCAGGCCGCCACUUCUGCACCUAGCCCAGCUGCUCACCAUGCAGCACCCUCUGACAGCAGUGGCAACAGGAGCUGGAUGCUGGGCACCAUCGCGUUGCUGUUCAACUGCCUGUGCUUCUCCUUCUGGCUGCUACUGCAGACAAAGCUGACCAAGAAGUACCCGGCCAUCUACUCCAAUACUGCCAUCAUGUUCUUCAUCAGCACUCUGCAGGGCGGGGCGGUGACGUUGGCGAUGGAGAGACACGUGUCGCUGUGGAUGCUGACCAGCAAGCUGGAGAUCGUUACCGUCUUGUAUGCAGGGAUAGUCGGAUCUGGAGCUGGGUACCUGAUAAUGACAUGGUGCGUGGAGAAGAAGGGCCCGGUCUUCACCGCAGCCUUCAUCCCCAUGAUGCAGAUCAUGGUAGCCAUCAUCGAUUUCUUCUUCCUCCAUGAACAAAUCUACCUUGGAAGCGUGCUAGGAUCUGUACUGAUGAUACUCGGGCUCUAUCUUUUGCUGUGGGGAAAAAAGAGGGAUGGAGCAUCCGCGUCUUGUACCACUACCACUAACAAGCAAGUCAACGAACAAGCUGACGACAAGCCAUGA